AUGAUACCGUUGCUUCACAUUGCCUUGUUAGUCCUUUUUGUCAUUCUCAUCUACGCCAUCAUAGGACUCGAGCUUUUCUGCGGCAAAUUGCACUCAACCUGUGUGGAUCCAGCAACGGGACAACUAGCACAGAAAGAUCCAACACCUUGUGGUACGGAUGGUUCAGCGUUUCAAUGUAUACCCUCUGACGCACUAACUGGUAUGGGUGUUCAGUGGGUAUGCUCCCCGAAUACCACCUGGGCAGGGCCUAACAACGGGAUCACUAAUUUCGACAACUUUGGCUUGGCUAUGCUCACUGUCUUUCAAUGCGUCUCAUUAGAGGGUUGGACAGACGUGAUGUACUGGGUGAACGAUGCUGUCGGGCGCGAAUGGCCAUGGAUUUACUUUGUUACUCUGGUAAUUCUUGGCUCAUUCUUCGUACUGAACCUCGUAUUGGGUGUAUUGUCCGGAGAGUUCUCAAAAGAACGAGAAAAAGCCCGAGCUCGCGGUCUUUUCCAAAAAUUUCGCGAGAAACAGCAACUUGAGGAAGAUCUCAAAGGUACGGUAUUUACAGUAUUCUCACGUGUACAGUACAUUAUACCACUUUCUACAGGAUAUCUCGAUUGGAUAACCCAAGCCGAAGAUAUCGAUCCGGUGAAUGACGAACAGGAGGAAGAGCCACAGGCGACAGCGACCGGUGAAGAAGUUGAUGAAGAAGGCGAAGACCGAACCGAGGAAACGCGACCGUCGAAAUGGCGAAGUCGAAUGAAACGAUUCGAAAAAACGAACCGACGAUGUCGUCGAGCGUGUCGUCGUCUGGUUAAAAGUCAGACCUUCUAUUGGCUUGUCAUUCUGCUUGUGUUGCUCAAUACACUUGUGCUCACCUCAGAACACUACGGUCAAAGCGAGUGGCUCGACGAUUUCCAGACGAUGGCGAAUCUGUUCUUUGUGAUUUUGUUCUCUUUGGAAAUGCUUCUAAAGAUGUACUCACUCGGAUUCACUACCUACACGACAUCGCAGUUCAAUCGAUUUGACUGUUUCGUUGUCAUCAGUUCCAUCAUCGAAUUCGUGUUGCUGUACUUACGACUGAUGAAACCGCUCGGAGUGUCUGUGCUCCGUUCGGCUAGGCUUCUGAGAAUUUUCAAAGUCACAAAGUACUGGACUUCAUUGCGAAACCUCGUCUCAUCGUUGUUAAACUCGUUGCGCUCCAUUAUGUCGUUGUUGUUGCUGCUCUUCUUGUUCAUCGUCAUCUUUGCUCUUCUUGGGAUGCAGGUAUUCGGUGGAAAGUUCAACUUCAAUCCACAACAGCCAAAGCCUCGAGCCAAUUUCGACACAUUCAUUCAGGCUCUACUUACAGUAUUCCAGAUCCUUACCGGUGAGGACUGGAAUACGGUAAUGUACAAUGGUAUCGAAUCGUUCGGUGGAGUAGGCACCUUAGGAGUCAUUGUUUCAAUAUACUACAUCGUGUUGUUUAUUUGCGGUAACUAUAUCCUCCUAAAUGUCUUCUUGGCUAUCGCCGUCGAUAAUCUGGCUGAUGCGGACAGUUUAACGAACGCUGAAAAAGAAGAAGAGCAACAAGAACUGGAUGGUGAAGAAGAAUACGAUGAAGAGGGUGAAGGAUUCGGUGAAGGUGAUGAGAGGCUUGACAUGGAAGAGCAGGAACCUGGUGAGGAGCUGGUAACAGCUCGACCUCGACGAAUGAGUGAACUGCCACAGGUUGCACCUCACAAACCGAUUCCUAAAGCCUCGUCGUUGUUCAUCCUUAGCCAUACCAAUCCUUUCAGAGUUUUCUGUAAUAAGAUCGUCAACCAUACCUAUUUCACCAAUAGCGUUCUGGUAUGCAUUCUUGUCUCAUCCGCUAUGUUAGCUGCUGAGGAUCCUCUUGAGGCAAACUCCCGACGAAACACGAUUUUGAACUACUUCGACUACUUCUUCACAACUGUGUUCACGAUCGAGAUCACAUUAAAGGUAGUCGUGUUCGGACUCGUGUUUCAUAAAGGUUCUUUCUGCCGUAAUGCCUUCAAUCUGCUCGAUAUCUUGGUCGUUGCCGUCUCUUUGGUAUCAUUUGUCCUGAAAUCAGAUGCCAUCUCCGUAGUCAAGAUCCUUCGUGUGUUGCGUGUGCUUCGACCUCUUCGUGCCAUCAAUCGAGCCAAAGGUCUCAAACCACGUUGUGCAAUGUGUGAUCGUGGCCGUGAAAACCAUCGGAAAUAUUAUGCUGGUCACAUUUAUUUCAUGUUUGCGAUUAUUGGCGUGCAGCUGUUCAAGGGAACGUUCUUCUCCUGCAAUGAUCUUUCAAAAAUGACUGAAGCUGAGUGCAGAGGUGAAUACAUCCACUACGAAGACGGCGAUCCGACGAAGCCUGUAUCGAAAAAACGCGUCUGGUCGAACAAUGAUUUCAAUUUCGACAACGUCGGCGAUGCGAUGGUGUCACUGUUCGUCGUGUCGACCUUCGAAGGAUGGCCUGAGUUCGUACUACCUUUUAUUUCUCACUUGAAUAUUGUUUUGCUCCCUACUGCUUUUAUGUUUCCAUUUUCUCGAAGCGCUUCGUAUCAUUGCAUUCAAUUUUUCAUUGCUCUUUUUGAAUUCAUCCAAAGAGUUUCCCCAUGGAUACGUGAAAACGUCCUCAAUUCGCUAUAG